AUGGUGGGACUGAAAUACUGCAUUAUGUUUUUGAAUAUUACAGGUUACUGUAUUUGGAAAACUGUGACUUUGAAAUUAGAUAGAAGAACAGUAUUUAUGUGAGGUAUAUUGUGACAAAGGAUUCUUCCUUAACUUGUUGCUUCACUCCGUUUGAGUACAUGAUCUUAGCCACCAUCAUCGCCAACUGUAUCGUACUGGCUUUGGAGCAGCACCUGCCUGGAGAGGACAAGACUCCCAUGUCCAAGAGACUGGAAAAGACAGAGCCUUACUUCAUUGGGAUGUUCUGCUUUGAAGCUGGGAUUAAGGUUGUGGCGUUGGGAUUUGUAUUCCAUAAAGGAUCCUACUUGAGGAACGGCUGGAACGUCAUGGACUUCAUUGUGGUUCUGAGUGGGAUUCUGGCCACAGCGGGAGCUCACAUGAACAUCCCAGUGGACCUGCGGACCCUGCGGGCCGUACGCGUGCUCCGACCCCUCAAACUGGUCUCUGGAAUCCCCAGCCUGCAGAUAGUCCUGAAAUCCAUCAUGAAAGCCAUGGUGCCGCUGCUCCAGAUCGGCCUGCUGCUCUUCUUUGCCAUUCUCAUGUUUGCCAUCAUCGGCCUGGAGUUCUACAGUGGAAAGCUCCACAACACCUGUCUGCCCAUGCCAAAUAUCCUGGAGAAUGAAACGGUGGACAAGUCAGAGUCAGAGUUCCCGUGUGGGGUGAGGAAGUGCCCUGACAAGUACGCCUGCAGUGAAACCUGGAUCGGCCCCAACGAUGGCAUCACCCAGUUUGACAACAUCCUGUUUGCUGUCCUCACCGUCUUCCAGUGCAUCACCAUGGAGGGCUGGACCACCGUGCUCUACAAUACCAACGAUGCCUUAGGCCCCACGUGGAACUGCAUGUACUUCAUCCCUCUGAUAAUCAUCGGCUCCUUCUUCGUGCUGAACCUGGUUUUGGGAGUUCUUUCAGGGGAGUUUGCCAAGGAGAGGGAGCGGGUAGAAAACCGCAGGGCAUUCAUGAAGCUCCGGAGGCAACAGCAAAUUGAGCGGGAACUCAAUGGCUACCGAGCCUGGAUCGACAGAGCAGAAGAGGUGAUGCUUGCGGAGGAGAACAAGAAUUUAGGACCUUCUGCUCUUGAUGCUCCCAAGAGGCUGUCUGAAUGGAAUACAGGCGGUAACCAUGUGCUGAAGAGGACCACCAUCAAGAGGAGAGGGUUGGAUGCCGUCCACCGGGGCCCAGAGGAGGAGCAGUACGGUGACAUCUCUUCUGUGGGCAUCCCGAUGACCAGAGCCAGCAUCAGGAGUGCUAAGAGAGGACCCACGGCUUAUUUCAAGCGGAAGGAGCGUCUGCUGCGUAUCUCUAUCCGCCGCAUGGUGAAGACACACACCUUCUACUGGACCGUACUGGGCCUGGUGGCCCUCAACACACUCUGUGUGGCCAUCGUCCAUCACAACCAGCCCCACUGGCUGUCUGUGUUCCUCUACUAUGCAGAGUUUCUCUUCCUGGGUCUGUUUCUCACUGAGAUGUGUUUAAAGAUGUACAGCCUGGGACCCAGACUCUACUUCCACUCCGCCUUCAACCGCUUCGACUGCGGCGUGAUAGUGGGCAGCAUCUUUGAGGUGAUGUGGGGGUUCUUCAGGCCAGACAUGUCCUUCGGCAUCAGUGUGCUGCGCGCUCUCCGUCUGCUGAGGAUAUUCAAGAUCACCAAGUACUGGGCGUCGCUGAGGAACCUGGUGGUAUCCCUGAUGAAUUCUAUGAAGUCCAUCAUCAGCCUCAUCUUCCUCCUCUUCCUCUUCAUCCUGGUCUUUGCUCUGCUGGGCAUGCAGCUAUUCGGUGGCAGGUUCAUCUUUGAAGACUACACUCCUACAAAUUUUGACACAUUUCCUGCUGCCAUCAUGACUGUCUUUCAGAUCCUGACAGGAGAAGACUGGAAUGAGGUGAUGUACAAUGGGAUCCGCUCCCAGGGAGGAGUGAAGUCAGGAAUGUGGUCCUCCAUAUACUUCAUUGUGCUCACACUCUUUGGUAACUACACACUGCUGAAUGUCUUCUUGGCCAUUGCUGUGGACAAUCUGGCUAAUGCCCAGGAACUAACCAAGGACGAAGAGGACGAAGAGGCUGCUUUCAAUCAGAAACAUGCUCUCCAAAAAGCCAAGGAAGUUGGGGCCAUGUCUUCCCUGAUGUCAUCACACAGGAGGAGGAGACCGUACCUGUACAGGAAAAGAGCGAUACACAGGAGCCGGCCUGCCUACUCUCUGGAGGAGGCUGAGAGCCUCGCCGAGGGGCCCCCCUGCCCGCCAUUGAAUUCCUCUAACUCUUUCAUGUCCAGGGGAGAGAGGAGAAGACGGAUGACCAUGUCUGUGUGGGAGCAGAGAACCAGCCAACUGCGCAGGCACCGGCAGAUGUCCAGCCGAGAGAUCCUCUUCAGCAGCCCCAGUGAGGAGCAGGAAGCGCCCCCUGGAUGCCCCCACAACCUCAAAGCCACAGGCACACCCACAGGCAGCCUGAAGCUGGCUGACCCCACGGCUGACCCUACGGCCUCCACAACUCAGCCCCCCAAGCCCAUGGACCAAACUCUAGAGGAGCCACCCCUGUCCAUGGGGGUCCUUGAGCCCCCCUUGUCCCUCCCUUUAGCAGAGCCACCCAUACCCAUCGACAGUCCCCUGCCUGACCCCCCCACGUCCACAGUUGUGUCCAUUCCGGAGCCCACUGAAUCUGAGCCAUGCCCAGAGGGCCAGCUUGAUGACACCGACCACUGCCACCCAGGUCUCAAUGGCCGCAGGAGCCCCAGGUUAAAUGGGGAGAGAAGGCAGAGAGCAGUGCGUAAGUUCCGCCCUCCUGCUGGUGACACCCUGACCCCUGACAUGGCAGGGAUGAGGCUCAGGAGGCCAAGGGGCACAGGGCACCACGAAGCCCAGGCUGGGGCUAGAGGCCUGGACUCACCCCAGGGGGAGGGGAACAGUCGCUCUGUCAGCAAGGAGAGAAAGACCCCAGAGGAACGACAGGACAAGGAGAGGAGAGCCUGUAACACGGGAGAGACCAGCCAGCCUUCUGAGACCAGAGAAGCUGAACACAGACAGGGUGACCCUAACCAGGCUGGGGGUCCUGAGCUGCAGAACAGGGAGGAGGGUCCACAGUCAGAACCACCCCCCAUUCAGCCAUUUCAGGCUGCAGUACCGGAGCGCCCAGAGGGCCAGACAAGAGACAGUGAUACUGGUAACAACGCCACCACUCUGAACCAGGAUAAGUCCCCUCUGAGCUCCAGUAUCUACAUAGAGGUGACCAAUGUUCAGUCUUCACUAGAGCUCACCCCCAUCACAGGUAACAGUAAAGACAUGGAGGCGUCCAAGCCUGAGAAAGAAGAGGAGCAGUUGACCAGCCCAGCCAAUAUUGUCACGCCUGACAGCAUGUUCAUCUUCAAACCUGGCAACCCGAUCCGCCGGGCCUGUCACUAUGUGGUGAACCUGCGUUACUUUGAGACAUGCAUCCUGCUGGUGAUCGCUGCCAGCAGUAUCGCCCUGGCUGCAGAGGACCCCGUGUCAGCCACCUCUAACUGGAACAAAGUUUUGCGUUACUUUGACUACGUGUUCACAGGUGUCUUUACAUUUGAAAUGAUAAUAAAGAUGAUAGACCAGGGCUUGAUUCUCCAUGACGGCUCCUAUUUCCGGGACCUGUGGAACAUUCUAGACUUUAUCGUGGUGGUCGGAGCUCUGGUGGCCUUCGCCCUCACGAAUGUGUUGGGAAAUAAUAAAGGACGGGACAUCAAAACCAUCAAGUCUCUUCGGGUCCUGCGUGUCCUGAGGCCCCUGAAGACCAUCAAGAGACUACCGAAACUUAAGGCAGUGUUUGACUGUGUGGUGACCUCUCUGAAGAACGUCUUCAACAUCCUCAUCGUCUACAAGCUCUUCAUGUUCAUCUUCGCUGUCAUCGCUGUGCAGCUGUUCAAAGGGAAGUUCUUCUACUGCACAGACGGAUCCAAAGACACAGAGAAGGACUGCCAAGGCUUCUACAUUGACUAUGAGAAGGAUAAAAAGGAAGUGAAGAGAAGGGAUUGGAGGAGACAUGACUUCCACUAUGACAACAUAGUCUGGGCCCUACUCACUCUGUUUACUGUCUCCACUGGGGAGGGCUGGCCACAGGUCCUGCAGCACUCUGUGGAUGUGACAGAGGAGGACAGAGGUCCCAGCAGGGGCAACAGGAUGGAGAUGUCCAUAUUCUAUGUCAUCUACUUUGUGGUCUUCCCCUUCUUCUUUGUCAACAUCUUUGUGGCUCUCAUCAUCAUCACCUUCCAGGAGCAGGGAGACAAGAUGAUGGAGGAAUGCAGCUUGGAGAAGAACGAGAGGGCUUGCAUUGACUUUGCCAUAAGUGCCAAACCCCUGACCCGCUACAUGCCUCAGAACAGGCAGACGUUCCAGUACCGCCUCUGGCACUUUGUGGUCUCCCCCUCCUUCGAAUACACUGUGCUGGCCAUGAUUGCACUCAACACCAUUGUCCUGAUGAUGAAGUAUUACUCUGCCCCACCAGCAUACGAGGCUGUGCUGAAACACCUGAACACAGCUUUCACUGUGCUCUUCUCUGUGGAGUGUGUCCUCAAGAUCAUGGCCUUUGGCUUUCUGAACUACUUUCGAGACACUUGGAAUAUAUUCGACUUCAUCACAGUUUUGGGAAGCAUCACAGAAAUAGUGGUAGACUUGCAGUCAAUUGAGACCUUCAACAUGGGUUUCCUGAAGCUGUUCCGUGCAGCCAGACUGAUCAAGCUGUUGAGGCAGGGUUACACCAUCCGCAUCCUGCUCUGGACCUUUGUCCAGUCCUUUAAGGCUCUCCCCUACGUUUGUCUGCUCAUUGCCAUGCUCUUUUUCAUAUAUGCAAUCAUCGGAAUGCAGGUUUUUGGAAACAUCAGACUGGAUGAGGAGACACACAUCAACCAACACAACAACUUCAAGACCUUUUUUGGUGCUCUGAUGUUGCUAUUCAGGAGUGCCACGGGGGAGUCGUGGCAGGAGAUCAUGCUGUCAUGUUUAGGGGGGCAGAAGUGUGAGCCAGACCCCUUAGCUCUAACAUCAGACCACGAGGAGCGCUGUGGAACUGAGUUUGCCUACUUCUACUUUGUCUCCUUCAUCUUCUUCAGUUCAUUUCUGAUGCUGAAUCUGUUUGUGGCUGUAAUCAUGGACAACUUUGAGUACCUCACCCGGGAUUCCUCGAUAUUGGGGCCUCACCACCUGGAUGAAUUUGUUCGUAUCUGGGGUGAAUAUGACCGAGCUGCUUGUGGAAGGAUUCACUAUAAGGAGAUGUACAAAGUAGUACGCACUAUUUCACCUCCCCUGGGCUUUGGAAAGAACUGCCCCUACAGGGUGGCCUACAAGAGGCUGGUGCUAAUGAACAUGCCUGUGGAUGAAGAGAUGUCGGUUCACUUCACCUCCACCCUCAUGGCCCUGAUCCGAACCGCCCUCGAGGUGAAGAUAGCCAGAGGAGGGGAGGACCGAGGUCAGAUGGAUUCAGAUCUACAGAAGGAGAUAAGUGUCAUUUGGUCACACCUUUCACAGAAGACCCUGGACCUGCUCGUCCCCAUCCACAAAGCCAGUCAUAUGACCAUUGGGAAGAUCUAUGCAGCCAUGAUGAUCAUGGACUACUACAAGCAGAGCAAAGCCAAGAAGCUCAGGCAACAGCUGGAGGAGCAGAAACACGCUCCCAUGUUCCAGCGUAUGGACGCGUCCUCUCUGCCUCAAGAGAUCCUCUGCAGUGCCAAAGCCCUCCCUUUCCUGCCCCACAGCCCUGGAUCUGCCCUGACCAGAGGAGGAUUUGUGGCCUUGAGUCCCAUAUCCCCUCAGGAGAUGUUCAUGCAGCCCAUGUCCCAGGACCUAGAGGACAGAGAGGAGGACUACCACAACUAUCACCACCACCACCUGCUCCACCACCAGCUCCACACACUGGUUCCGGAGCGCAAAGAGUUUAACCGCAACCUUUGCCCCACUAACAGGCAGGAUGCCCCACUCAGGGUGCCCGGGCGGGCAGUCUCUAUCCGAGCCUCCUCUAUGCCUCGGCUGGCUGUAGACACACAGGUGGGGACAGACAGCAGCAAAUCAAUGAAGCGCUCCUUCUCCACUAUUGGGGAUCAAUGUGUGAAUGGCCUGUGGCAGGAGGAGUACUCUCUGAAGAGGGUCAGUCCUGACCGUCUGAACAGACCACGACAGAGGAGCAUCAGAGGAAUCAGGUGCAACCUCAGGGAACCAGUGGAUCAUGAGCGGGGGCGCUCCAAAGAGAGGCGUCACCUGCUGUCUCCCGACGUGUCCCGCUGCAACUCUGAGGAGCGGAGCCAGGACCCGUCACAAGAACGCAAGCAGUCCCGUUCCCCCAGCGAGGGACGCACACAUGCCCUCCACAGACAGGGCAACACUUCAGGCAGCCCAGACCUGUCCAGCACACCCCGCGGCCGGCGCCAACUCCCCCAGACGCCCUUGCGGCCACGCCCUCACAUCUCCUACUCCCCCCUGGUGUGCAGAGCCCACCUCUCCCCCCCUGCUGCCAGUGAGGGCAGAGCCCGGACCCAGGAGGCCCCCGGAGAGACGGAGGAUCCCUCGUUGCGGGAGGAGGGGGAGAGGCUAGCCCCAGAGUCAGGAGCGGGGGUGGGGGUGGUAAUAGGGGUGGGUGGCCCAGGGUUAGGGGUCAGUCACCCGCACCACUCACCUCACCGGUACAUCUCGGAGCCGUACCUGACCCUGCACGAGGAGUUACACAGCCCAGACUCCUCAGGCCUGGAUGAGACUCUGACCUUCGAGGCGGCCAUUGCAACCAGUCUGGGCCGGGCCAACACCAUCAGUUCUGCCCCCCAGCUCAGACACAACUGGCAGGUCCCCAACGGACACUUCCAUAAACGCCUGGGUCAGGCCAGCUCUGUGGUUGCCUGCGAGCUCUUGAGUGACACGGACGAGGAUGACCGCUGUUAGGGCCGGGACUUGUAGAAGAAGAGCAGGAAGAUGGACAGCAAAACUGGGUAUCAGAAAGACAGGGGUCCUCAGUUUGAAGCACACUGUCAGGUCGUGUACUGAGUGUGCAUCUGUAUGUGUGUGUAUCUGCACUCUUAAAAAAAAGGGUUCCAAAUGAGUUCUUCAGCUGGCUCCCGAGUGGCGCAGCAGCCUAAGGCAUUGCAUCUCAGUGCUAGAGGCAU